AUGGUUCCUUAUAUUAUGGGCUACGUGCAGACUUUGGUAGACCCUACUCUUCCCAAUCAAGCCUCUAUAUGGUUGUCAGCCGUUGCUCUAGGAGCUCAAGGAAUUUCAAUGCCUGUUGGUGGAAUGAUUGCCAGUAUACUAGGAUUCAGAUUAGUGGUUGCAGUGAGUUGCCUUGCGACAAGUGGUGGUGUCAUUCUGACGUACUUCACUAUUCGAAAGAGUUAUGUUGGCGUGAUUAUAACAUAUGGAGUCCUGCUUGGAGGUGGUUUAGGACUUGGAUACUCAGUUGUAUUAGCAGCUGCAUCUUCGUGGUUCCCAGAACGCCGUGGUCUUGUUGUUGGGUUAGUAGUUGGGGGAUUUGGACUCGGAGCACUAAUUUUUACACCUAUACAGACAGCACUAAUAAAUCCAAAUAAUGUGCAGGUGAACAACAUUACAAGAAAAUUUAGCGAUCCGGAAGUGCUAGAUCGUCUACCAGCCGCAUUCCUCAUACUUGGUGGAAUCUUGCUUACACUUCAAAAUGCUAAGUCAAAUCAGUGCUUAGAAAUAGAUGAUCCAAGUGUCAGCCCUAAAAGAGUGAACUCACUGAAACGCAAUUUCCAAGUUACAUUGAAUACUGAAGUCAAUAUCGGCCCAAAGCAAGUGUUUCGUUAUAUUGAUUUCUACCUCUUAUGGUUUAUUAUGUUUUGUGAUAUAAUACCUAUUACUAUCAUUACUUCCGCUUAUAAGCUUUUUGGCCAGACAUACAUAACGUCUGCACUUAUCAACUGUGGAGGACGUGUGAUAUGGGGAGCACUUGUUGAUCGCAUCUCGUUUAAGAUACCCAUGUGCACAGUGUUGCUUCUAUGGUCUCUAAUCUUGAUAACAUUCCCGCAUAUAUCUUUACUAACUGGGACAACACUGAAGGUUUUCUAUGCUUUAUGGGUAUUACUUUUAUUUCUGUCACUAAGUAGUACAUUUGUUAUUCAACCUGCAGCAACUGGAGCUAUUUUUGGUCCUGUUCACAUGGCUGUUAACUAUGGUUUAAUAUUUACUGCAUUUGCAUUUGGAAGUUUAUUGUGUGCACUUGUGACAACUUUUGUGAGUUCACAUAAUGCCUAUCUCGUUCAGUUUACUGGCUGUGGAUUCGUAUGUUUGUUGGCCUUCUUCCUUGCUUUGUGGAUUGACGAUCGAAAGAUGCCUACAAGUGUCAAUUUGUGUCGAUUUUGUUCAAAUACCUGCAAAAGUUUAAGAGUCAGCGAGAAUAUACCUGCUUCUACCGAAGAAUUAGCGAAACUUAAUGAAAAUAACAUCAAAAUUUGA